CUUUCCUCUGGGGAUGACCUCCUGGAGGGAGCAUCUAGUGUUUUCAUGCUGCUUUGGAGGGGGGAUGCUUGGGGGGUGUUUCUGCCAGGCUCCCCCAGAACCUGGUUGGCAGCCACAGUGAAAGAUGUGAGCCCCUCAGCUGGCCUCGUGGAAGGUGAUGGACUCACAGCACAACUAGACAUUCAUUUAGACCCUGCUCCCCUGUGCUCCACUGCCACAGAAACCUCCAGAAACCAUGGUGCCCACACAGCGAUGCAGCCACAGAAGGGCCCCGAUGCCAUCCUUUUUUGGGGAGAGAGACCUGGCCCCACAAGAGUCCAGAGGACACCCAGAUGCUGCUCCCUCUGUGGCUACUGUCACUGCUGCUGGCCACAGGGCUGCCUCCUAUCCUCUCAGCCCCCACCACCCAGGAUGUGCGGGAGCAGCUGCUGGCCCAGGAGAGGAUGAUGCGACUGGGGGGGCAGCUGGUGCUGAGCAGGACCGAGGAGCUGGCCAAUGCCAAGCUCAUGGCCCUCAAGAGUGCUGAGGUGGAGCGGGCAGCCUCAACCAGCAGCUUCCUGCCCAGCAUGCACUUCUUCCAGGCCCGGCACCUCAUGGAGCAGAGCCAGGUCUUCCACAUCUUGAGAAGGAUGCCCAAAGGGGCUGCGUUGCACCUCCAUGACUUUGGCAUCCUGAACAUGGACUGGCUGGUGAAAAACGUGACCUACAGGCCACACUGCCAUUUCUGUGUCACUCCCAAUGGGACCUUCAACUUCAUAUUCGCUCACCCGGAUCCCCCAACCCCUGUGCCCGGGAAAUGUUCCCAGUGGAUUUUGCUGGCGGAUCACCGCAGGGGGCUACAGAACGUCACGGAGUUUGAUCACAGACUGCUGCAGGCCUUCACUCUGGUGACUGAGGACCCCGAGGGGACCUACAAGGACCAGGAUGCCGUCUGGUCCAAGUUCGAGACCAUCUUCCUCACCAUCUCGGGCCUGGUGCACUACGCACCGGUGUUCAAAGACUACGUCCUGCAGGCCCUGCUCGAGCUCCACCAGGACAGAGUGCUCUACCUGGAGCUGCGUGCCAUGCUCUUCCCGGUUUACGAACUGGAUGGUUCGCUCCAUGACCGGAAGUGGUCAGUGAGGACUUACAAAGAGAUGGCUUGCCAGUUCAUGGAGCAGCACCCCGACUUUCUUGGCCUCAAAAUCAUUUAUUCGGAUCACAGAUUCCGAAGCACGUCCCUUGUGGCGCAGUCAGUACAGGCCGCCAUGGAGCUGAGGGCCAGCUUUCCUAGAACGGUGGCUGGCUUCGACCUGGUGGGACGAGAGGACACUGGCCGCUCACUGUAUUACUACAGGGAGGCUCUGGGCAUCCCUGCUUCGCAUGGCUUUCCGCUGCCUUACUUCUUCCACGCUGGAGAGACAAACUGGCAGGGCUCUCCUGUAGACAGAAACCUUCUGGAUGCCCUGAUACUCAACUCUACCAGGAUUGGCCAUGGAUUUGCUCUGACCAAGCACCCUGCGGUCUGGGCAGACUUGUGGAAGAAAGGCAUCCCUAUAGAAGUCUGCCCCAUCUCCAACCAGGUGCUGAAGCUGGUGGCCGAUUUGAGGAACCACCCGGCCGCUGUGCUGAUGGCCACUGGCUAUCCCCUGGUGGUCAGCUCUGACGACCCUGCUGUCUUCGGUGCCAGUGGCUUGUCCUAUGAUUUCUAUGAGGCUUUCAUGGGCAUCGGAGGCCUGGAGGCUGACCUCAGGACACUCAAGCAGCUGGCCAUCAACUCCAUCAAGUACAGUGCCCUGCUGCCAGGGGAGAGGAAGGCUGCCCUGCACCUCUGGGAGCAGAGCUGGGACACCUUCAUAGCCGAGCUGGCCGGGACCUCAGACUGAGCACACAGGGGUCCCAGGCACCCUCUUCCUCCUCCACCAACUUCUUCAUCCUGAGUCCACUUAGGUCGCAUCCUUGCCCCCUCCGUCUCUCUCUAAAAACUGCUCCUGUGAAGGCCAGCUGAGCACUGCAGCCACAUUGCUUGGUCUCUCAGUGAACUGGAGAUGUUGACCAUUUUGAAUGAUGCCUAUUUAAAAAUGAUUUUACUUACUUAUGGGGCCCGGGAGGUGGUGCAGUGGAUAAAGUGUUGGACUUUCAAGGGUGAGGUCCAGAGUUCAGUCCCUGGCAUUGCAGGCUCUGAUUUUCUUCCUCUCAUUAAUAAACUUCUUUGACUUUC